AUGGCAACAGCUGCUUCAAAUCAAAGUCAACCAAUGGGGGAACCGGGGCAAAACAAUUUUAAUGUAUGUAUGAUGCCAACGAAAGAGCAGGUGGAGGCCACUCCUGGAACUCCUUUAACUAAAGAGGAGCUGGCACGAUUGCAAGCGGACGGUCAACUUCCACAGGGUAUGGAUACCUCAUAUGGGAAUCCUACUCUACAUAGAAUGAGAAGCGGAGAUCAAGAAAUUCUUGUGGUGAUGAUGGAUCCACCUCCAUGUGGAUGUGCACGACUUCCAAAUGGGAAAAAGAAACGUUGCAAGAAGCAUCGAGUAGAAAGAAAGGCAAGGCGAAAGGCGAAGAAAGAAAAGGAAAAGAAAAUGAUGGAAGAACAAGAGAGAAAAGGAUCGAAAGAGAAAGGAACGAAAAUGGUGAAAGAUGACGAAAGUGAUAGAAAGAAACUUGCUGCACUUCGGCAUGCAGCUGAUUCAGAAUCUGAGGAAGACAAGGCUAUCGACGGAGCAUACACUCCAGACAAAAUUUGCGCAGUUGGUCCUGCUGGUGUCGCCGUCCUAAUCGAAAUCGAAAAAGUGGAUACGGGUGAAGUUGGGCCAAGAGCUAAGGUCGGUGAUAAACCAAUGAGAGGAAUACUGGUUAAAGGCGCUCAUGAAACACCACAAUUUAUUCCGAUGGAAAAAGUCGCGAAAGAUAGCAACGGUAGACCGAAAUACCGUAAUUAUACCGUGGGAGAACUUGUCAGAGGACCUCAUGGCGAGGCAAUAUUCUAUGCGGAUGGACAAUGUCAAUGUGACAAGAAUGGAAAUCCGAAGAAUAUGAAUAUUGCUGGUGUGGAUUCGAAUCUACAGAAGAAAAUUGGAGAAACAACGUGUCCUCCUUGUGAAGUGGAGAUUAACGAGAAAGGUAUGCCAGUGCUUCGGCAGAUUGCUUGUGCAGAAGAUGUUCCGAAGGAUAAGAACGCAGCGGUUGGUGUGAUCACGAAGAACAAAGACGGAAAUAAUGUGUUCACACAAUCAGCUGGACAACGUCUUGGAAGCAGUGACAAUGCCCCGUGUGUACCCUCAACACCGGGUGAUAAAGUAGCACCGGGCGGUUUAAUCGGUAGAGUAGUCGAAGAUAAACAAGGAAACACUGUUGUGUUGCCGCCCGGCUCGAAACCCACUUCUGAUCAAACGGUCACUGCUCUCGUACUUCAGGGCACUUAUCACGAACCUGUUUACGUUAAAGAUAUCAAACGUUGUGAAUGUCCUCCACCGGCAAACGUGCCAGUUGUUGCCGCUGUCGAAAAAGAAGAGAAAAAUAACUAUCAAAAUAUCGAAAAAGCGGAUACAAUUGUUCAGGCGAAAGUCCAGAAUAAGACUUGUGAUCAAAUCAUCGCUGAGCGUAAAGAAUUGAAAGCUGCAAAACCGAUUUAUACAGGAGAUGUGUACUCACAAUCACUAUAUCAAGAAGGUGGAAGAGGUGCGGCUCAAAAAAGCGUAUUUUUGCGAACGGAUCUUCAAGCUCCACCACAAGGAGGAAAUGCCGGUCCGCAACCAGUUGCACAAUCUGGUGGUGGUGGAGCUCAGCCACCUCAACCUUCAUCUGCUAGACCUGGAGCACCUGGAGGAUCUGGAGCAUCUGGAGCAUCAGGAGCGGCUGCAGCUCCUCAUGCUCACGCUCCGGGAGGUCGUUCAUGUACGUGUUCGAAGAAAUGUCCUCAAGGCGCUCAGCCUCCACCGACGAAACCAGGAGGUGCUAAUGGAGCCAAUGGAGCCGGAGCAGGUGGAGCUGGAGCUGGAGGAGCUGGAGCCGGAGGAGCUGGAGCUGGAGGAACUGGAGCCGGAGGAGCUGGCGUUCAACCUCCAAAGUGCUUCACAUCCAAUCAUUACAGUAUGCUCAACAAAAACCUGGCAUCGAAGCUGGAACAACGAGUGUAUUUUUAUGGCGAAAACCAUGAUCACCUAAUUGAAGAAUAUUGCAUCGGUGAUACUGUACGAAUAAAAUGUCGUUCCGAAACCUACUGUACUGCGUCAACCUAUCGUUCGUUACGUUUUAGACCAUAA